CUCUUCCCUCUGCUCGCACGCCGCUCCCAACGCGCCCGUUGCCGGAGCCUCUCCUGAUACGUCACCACGGACGCGCCACACCACCCAGACGUCGUUGCGCCGCCGCACUCACGACUACAGAUGACCGUCGCUCCGUCCAGGCAACCACCCUCGCCACGAUGCAGUCCAUGUUCCGCCUUCCGUGGAGCUCCGACUCUCCCGGCGACAACAUCAUGGAGAAGUCGGCCCUGCACAAGCCGCGCAACAUGCCCGUCGUCGAUAUCCCGCUGUUGAGCACCUUCAAGCGCAAGCGCACCGACAGCCCCGAAAUCUCGACGCCCACGAACGCGCAUCUUAUCAAGAAGCAGAAGUGCGCCGCCGGCGAAGUGAAGCGUGCCGUGUUCACCACUAUUGCUCCGGACCGCGAACCAAUCCUCGACGGCAUCGUCGUGUCGCACGGGAACUACAAGCCUCAGGCCAAGAGCUCAGCCACUGGGAGCGCCAAACCAGUCGAGUUGAAGGCAGGAAGCGCAUCGAAAGCGGAAGGGGUCGCCAAGUCGAAGGUCAACAUCUCGCAGCCUCCUGCUGCUCCGGCACCGUCGAUAGAAUCCACCGAUCAGAACGCUCUGGAUAUGGAAUCGAGCCUCACGCCAACCCAGCAGGCCAUCGAAGCCCAGUUCAACUACGAGAUCCUGCUCAAGCACAACGAAUUGCGCCUCAUCGAGCAGGAGCUCGGGAAAUGCCAGGUCGCGCUGGAGCAGCUACGGCGGUGUCAGCUGGUGCCUUACCCGGGCUCACAAUCGUUGUCUGAAAAUGUCAGCGGUGGCGUGGGCCCAGCACUGCAGCCCCAGCGCGGAUAUACGGAGCCAGUCCAUGCUGCGCCGUGGGGAGUCACCGAUGGACCCUAUUCUCGACACUAUGCCAAGUGGUUGAUUCCAGACCCGAAGUUCGACUCCAUUCCAGAGACAGGCUUGUCGCAAUCACAAGGGUACUUCGGGCUCGGGGAAGGACGUGCGACCCGUGGCAGCUUUGCGGAAAUCCCGACCGCCGGGAAGUCUCGGAAUUCACGGACAUCGACCGGAGCAAUGCGGUUCCAGUCGCUUGGUGAAAAUCCAGCGCCUGUACCGAAAGUAGACCCUCUAUUGCACAAACGGUCGACGGACGGCCAGUGGGUACGGCUAUAUUGCGCCAUUUGCCAGAGCGGCCAGUUUUCCAACACUCAGGGCUUCCUCAACCACUGCCGCAUCAAGCACAACCAAAUCUACAAGAGCCACGAUGCCGCUGCCGUGGCAUGCGGUGUUCCUGUUGAGACCGACGAGCUUGGCUCAAUAAUCCCGCCUUCGGAACCUUCUCAGUCCGUGCCGACCACCCCAGCAGUGGGCUUCGUCGGCUCUGCGAGCAACGGCUUCAUUCACCCAUUAAUUCGGUCAAAUGCGCCAACCACUGCUCGUAAUGUUCUACCCAGACUGGCUCCUUCAGCCUCCGCGCCACCUGUCUCUUCCCCUGCCAUAUCUGGAUCUCAGACCCCCUUCGUCCCCUCACCUCAAACCCCCUGGAUGAACGCCUUGCUAAAAAAACGUGGCUUUCCAGGCGACCUCAACAACCUCGUCGACACCGCCCGCACCCGUAUCGAUGUCUCCAGCUUCGAAGCUUCGGACGACGAGCUAACCACCGAUUCGGCCCUGCAAACUCCAGUUUCGAAGGUUGCACCCACGCCUCAGCUCGCCCGUCUACCUGCCAGCAACAGUCACUCCGCCCUCGCAAACGGCAAAGCUCCUGCUCGUCCUGCCAGCAGUCAGAAGGGACAUGGCCGCGCUGAGCCACCGCGUCUUCCUCGUGUUGGCGUGAGUAGCGCAAGUCAGUCCCGUGACCGUAGCCUCCCAGAAUCCCCUGUGGAAUUGAGUCCCAAUGCAGUCGAGUCUAAUCCUGGCUUAGUCUCCGAUCACGAGGAUGAUGACGAGGAUGAUGACGCGGAUGCGAGAAGUGUCCCUCAACUCGACCGGGAAGGCGACUAUGUGAUGGACGAUGCAGUGGUUGUCGAGUAUGCGAGUGAAGGCGAGGCCGAGAGGCAGACGCGGAAGGGGUUGGGUGGCUAUGAGAACAGCAAGAGUGGUGGGAGUGGAACGAGGAAGAGGUGAUGAAGCCUUCAAGACUCGAGGAGAGGGUUUUCUUUUUCUCCUCUUUUUCUUCAAGAUUGUGUUUUUUUUACCUCUUUAUGAGUAGUAGACUUUAAAUAGUCUCCUAUUCAGUUAUGUUUUCUUUUUCCUCUCACCUUCUCUCGUCUCCCUCUGUCUUGGUCUGUAACGGUCUGGUUCGUUUUGCGCGUAAUAGAAAAACGGGAGGCUUGCGUGUCGCUUCUAGUCUCUGUUUUCUUUGCGUCAUGGUGGGGAAUACACACUCUCGGUACUUCGGGUACUGCGGACGGUGCGUGUGUGCGUGUGUGUUCAGCUGGCUGGAUCGAUUACAGCCGACUAAAGU